AUGGCAAACGAAUUAUCGCCCCGAGAGAAGAUCGAUCUGAUCUACCACAAUCUUCAAGAAGUCCUGAAGCCAGAGAUUAUCGAAGAUGUCAUCUUGCGGCAAAAUCGCCCUCUGAAAGUUUAUUUCGGUACCGCAACAACCGGCCGCCCACACUGCGGCUACUUCUGCCCCAUAGUAAAGCUCGCCCACUUCCUCCGCGCAGGCUGCCACGUCAAAAUCCUCCUCGCAGACAUCCAUGGCUUCCUCGAUAACCUCAAGGCGCCCAUCGACCUCGUCAACUUCCGUGCCAAAUACUACCGCUAUGUCAUCACCGCCCUCCUCGAAGCCAUCCACGUCCCCAUCGACAAGCUCGAGUUCGUUCUGGGCAGCGACUACCAGCUCUCCUCCAGAUACACCAUGGACCUGUUCCGCCUCAGCAGUGUCGUGACGGAGCACGAUGCCAAGAAGGCCGGCGCGGAGGUCGUGAAGCAGGUCGACAACGCGCCGCUCUCCGGCCUGAUAUACCCGCUCAUGCAGGCGCUGGACGAGGAGCAUCUGGAUGUCGAUGCGCAGUUUGGCGGCGUCGAUCAGCGGAAGAUCUUCACGCUGGCGCUGGAGACGCUGCCGCGCGUGGGCUAUAAGGAGCGCGCACACCUCAUGAGUCCCAUGGUACCCGGGCUGGCGGGCGGGAAGAUGUCGGCGUCGGACCCAGAUUCAAAGAUUGAUAUUCUGGAUACGUCGGAGGUGGUGAAAAAGAAGUUGAAGAAAGCCUAUGCGGUGCCGAAGGAGACAGAGGGGAAUGGGAUUAUUAGCUUCGUGGAGUAUGUGUUGCUACCCGUGAGUGCGUUGGAGAGGGAUGAUGGGAAAGGGAGCUUUGUGGUCGAGAGGAGGGAGGAGGAGGGCGGUCCGAUUGUUUAUUGGAAUAUUGAGGAUGUGAAGAGUGAUUAUCGGGAUGAUAAAUUAACCCCACAACUUCUUAAAGCCGCCGUGACAACUGCGCUCAACAAGCUCCUCGCGCCCGUCCAGGCCUCCUUCCAAGCUAACCCUGACUGGCAAGAGAUCGAGAAGAAAGCAUACCCGCCUCCACCGGAGCCGGAGAAGAAGAAGAAGAAGCCGAAGGAUAAGGGUAGUAGAUACCCUGGUGGUGGCGGUGGCGGUGGCGGUCCACCAAAAGAGGACGCAGGCAGUGUCGAGGAGAAGCUGGAGAAGCUGGAGGUUUAA